AAUUUGGGCAAAAUUGGCAAACAAUUGGUAAGCAAUUUGUUUGAGUUUGCUUGGUAAAUUAAUUGCACAAGUUUGCAAAAUUAAUGGACACCUGCAGAUUCCCAAAGUGCCAAUAGCUGCAUGUGUUUGUUUGUAUGCAUGUCUAUAUUAAUAUUGAAUUUAAAUCCCAUAAGCUUGCAAACGAAGAUGCUGUAACUUUGCCAGGAAUAUAUAAAUAAGUAUAUGGCCGCUAUUAAAUGCUGUCCCACAUUUUGUGUGUGCAAAAGCCAGUUUCUUUUCAUUAUUAAAAAACCAUUUUGAUUCUUGGCAAAUCUGGUUCCAUUAACCGCGGCCCAAAAUAUCAUUUCAUAUCGCGCAUAUGACCACAAAAAUCAUAUAUAAGAAGUGGCCAGCCUGCUCAAAGCCACAUCAAAGCGACUCACAGCUCAGUCUGGAUAAGCAACAAUCCUUAUUGAAUAAAAUUGAAAAAUAUUUGAAUACUCUAACAAACAUGGCCAACACGCUCAGUUUUGCCAUCCUCCUGGCUGCCAUUUCCAUUGCACUGGCCUUAAGCACAACAACUACAGCAAGUACACGGCAGCCAGUGCCCACUGUCACUGAAAAGUCCGUGGAAAAGGACGAGGCCAUGGAGUCCUUGGAACGCCGUGACAAGCGCCAACUGACUGCCAAUGGUGGCCAGAGCAGCCUGGCUGGUUCCACUGGCAACUAUCCCGUUUUCUUCGACGGCCUGAAUGUGAAUCCCCCGCUGCAGCAACUGCCGCCCCUGCAGCAACUACCCCCCCUGCAGCAACUGCCCCCCCUGCAGCAACUGCAGCCCCUGCAGCCGAUCACCGUGGUGACGCCUGUGGCCUCCAGUUCGAAUGCCCAGAGCCAGCAGCCGCAAUCCGGCUGGCUGCCGCAAUUUGGCCAGAAUCUGCCGCUCAUUGGCACUUGGGUCGGUGGCCUGCCCAAUUUGAUCAACGGCCUGGGACUCGGUUCGCUGAACGGCGGCUUCGGCACUCUGGGUGGCUUGAAUCUGGGCAACCUGGGACUGGGUGCAGUGGCGCCGGUGGCUUCGUUGCCUGGACAACUGGUCGGCUCGUCGCCCAAUCCACAGACGACUUGUCCGCUCACCCAGAAGCUCAACUGCCGCUGCGAGCCGCUCAUACAGCUGCCGGGUCUGAAGCCCAGUACCAAUCCGCUGAGGACGCAGCUGGUGCAGAUCCUGCGACAGAAUGCGCGCAAGAACGACGAUGGUUCGCAGGAGGUGCGCGUAGUGCUGAGCACUGGUCAUGUGAUCUACCAGCGGACGAGCAAGGAGCGCGGCCAGAAUGGCUAUCUGGCCAUGAGGAUCCAGUCGGGCAGGUACUUCACCAUCUACUACAGUGUCAACGAGAAGGAGUACACGGUGCGUGCGGAUGUUAAGGACACGCCACCCAGCUCCGAUUUCGAGGACGAGCUUAAUGGUCAGCUCUAGAAGUUGGCCAAGAACUUGCAACUUUUUUUUUCAUAUCUUUAACUAUCCUUAAACCUUAAACAAUGGAUUUACUCAAAUUAAAAGUGUGUGUUUCAAACAUACUAUUUAAAUGAACAUUUCCUGGCAAAAGUGUAACAAGUCUUGAAUAUCUCUAAGUUUGCACUACAAAUUUGUAGCCAGUCUCAUCAAAAAGCACUUAAAUAUGGCCACAUAUGUUGAGCGCAGCCAAUUUGAAGCCCGAACCCCGAAAUUCAACGUAAACUCUAUUAAUCCCUUUUUUAUUCGCAACUUUUUUUCGAACUUCUUUGCUACAACUACAAACUAGCUGCGCAAGAAAUAAACAACAAUGAAACACAUUUCAGACGAUUGCUCCUGGGGGACAAAAAGUUUAGCUACAAAGACAAAUAUUCAUGGGGGUGCGGCAAUAAACUAGCUUUCAUUGCCCCAAAUGUUGUUAAAGGGUUAACAAGAAGCCCUGCUCCUUGGCUCAACCAAUUUCCAAAGGAAACAACUUCCCUAAUUACU